AUGGAAGGCCAGAGCAAUAUUGGCAUAGGACGCUACGGUACAGGAGGAAGUACCGAUCUAUGGGACGGAAAUGAUGAAUGCGUGUCAGUGCUGACAGACCCAGUCAACAACACAGGUCUCACCUUUCAUGGUAACACUGUGACCGAAAAUUGUCAACCACAAACAGUAUCUCGAGAUUCUCCAAAGACAUUUUCGAGCCCUUACCCCACAGAGACUUUGAAACAUAGCGAAGCAGCCGUUUGCCAGGCGCCAGGCGGGUCCAAUCUGCCGGAUGGAGUCCCAUAUUCUGCGACACGUCAAUUGAAUGCUUCGGGCACUUCUACACAUGGCGGGAGAAAAGGCGCACCAAUUCCUGAAUCACAUAUAGAGGUCCAGAUUAUAAAUAGACCUCAAGCAGAGCUGAUAGAGAAAAGCCAGAUCCCGCAAUCGUCGAUGGGCAACCCAGGACCUGGAGCGCUUACCAUUCUGGUUUAUGCAAAGAAGACAUUUGAAUAA